GAAAAUUCUUGUAACCGUCAGAUUCCCAAUAUUCAGAUUCCCAUUUAACCAGUCCCAAUUCGAUCCAACUUCCCCAUCCAAAGCCGCGUAAUUUAAGUUCUUUUCUAUAUUCUUUCCCUUUUUUUAACCAAAUUUUCUUAAAACCGCCGGAAAUAUUUAUUUGAGCUCCUUUUCUCCGGCGAGUGAUCGGAGAUGGCUUCACCGGAAACUACCAACUGGUUAUACGAUUACAAUUUCGAAGAUAUAACUGUCUCUGUUGAUCCCAAUUUCUCAAAUUCAACAACUGGGUUUUCUUGGUCUAUGCAACCCUUUAAUGGUUCAACAACUAACAUCAGUGUUGAUAUUGAUGGCUCAAUUGGUGAAUCCGACUGCCUGAAGGAAAGCGGUUCUAAGAAAAGGGCAAGAGCUGAAUCAUGCACCUCGUCAAGUUCCAAAGCGUGCAGGGAGAAAUUGAGGAGAGAGAAACUGAAUGACAAGUUCAUGGAAUUGGGUGCACUUCUUGAGCCUGGAAGAACUCCAAAAACAGACAAGAGCGCCCUUCUGGUUGAUGCUGUUCGCAUGGUGACCCAUUUACGUGGUGAGGCUGAAAAGCUGAAAGACUCAAAUUUGAAUCUACAAGAGAAGAUAAAGGAGUUGAAGGCCGAGAAAAAUGAACUUCGAGAUGAAAAGCAAAGGCUUAAGGCUGAUAAAGAGAAGCUAGAGCAACAACUAAAGACUAUGAAUGCACAACCUGGCUUCUUUCCUCCUGUCGUACCAGGUGCUUUUGCUGCGCCAGGUCAAGCUGCAGGAAGCAAGCUGGUGCCGAUUAUAAGUUACCCUGGGGUUGCCAUGUGGCAGUUCAUGCCUCCUGCUGCAGUAGACACGUCGCAAGACCACGUUCUCCGACCUCCAGUUGCUUAAGUUGUGGCAGCUAAAGCCUAUAAUAGUUACUCUGAUUAUGUUGUUUUAGUCAAAUGCCCUUUGACUGUGUUAGUUUUUGCCUCGAGUCCUCUUGGUGUAUUUUGGUGAUGAACAAUAGAAGUUUUCUUGCGACCUUUUGAACUUUUAACAGAGUUAAUGCUGGUUUUAUCAACUGUAAAUUUUAGCAGGUUCAACCUGGCAUUUACGUGUACA